CACUGAUGACACUUGGUUAAGGGACAGCGUCUCGUCUUGUGGAAGAAAUGGUACAAUGUCGCAUAAAGGACGGCACAGUCUCACUGGCUGGCUAUACAUGUGAGUGGUCAACAAGACACUCGAUAUCCGCCAGACGACCCAAGGCAGAGAAGAGAGAGACACGACCAAUCAAUGGCUAUCUAUGGUACACAGACGACAGACACCCAUCAACAGCUAUAGCCCGGGAUGCGAUUUAUGUGGUAAAGCGGUAUCGAUACGGACAGGCCACCUACUACCGCGCGUGCACCAAGUGCAGCACCUCUAGCUCGUCAGCCCUCAAGUACUCUGACCCACCCAACACUGCAUAGCCAUAUUGAUUCCUCACUCCCAAGUAGCCCGCAGGCAGACAGCGGCUGUAGAUCCGCUGAGCGCAGCAGCACCCUCCCGGGCUGGCCAUGGACGUGGCUGCAUGCCUGGCUGACUCAACCGAGCAAUGAUUCACAAAAAGUGGUGUGUACAAGCAUCGUUCCGACAGCCAGCUAUGGUACAGACAAACAACACACCCAUCAAGACACACGCAGGAAUAGAGAGCUCACACACGCAGGAGCACGUGUCGAAAGAAUGACAGGAAGAUAUGCAUGUGUGACACCUGACACUGAGUCAGUGACACACGAAGGCCACACGAGAUAGAUCGAUAGAAAACACUGCAAGCGGCACAUACAGCCAGACACAACUCUCUCUCUCCCUCUCUCACUGCCCCACCACAUGCAGCACCUCUAUCUCAUCAGCCAUGAACUCACUCACCCCACCCAACAUAGCACAGCCAUCCUCAUCCCUCUCUCCCGUGUAGCCCUCAGGCACAUGGCCGGAGGUCCACUGACGGCACCUGCAGAUGUCGACGGCAGGCCGGCCACCCCUGCCAAAGCCACCCCACCCUAGACGCAGAUCCCCGCCGAUAUACACAUUCGCACCACCCACAAUCCUCUCCCUCCCCGCCACCACCACAAGCUGGCACUCUUCGUUAAUGUCGAUCUUGGUCGGUGUGGGGAAGUGGCCGGCCAAUGAGAAAUACCACAGAUCACAGCUGUAUCUGCGGCUCUUGGUGGGGUCGUCGGGCAGCUGCAGGCCGGCACUGAUGUACACGCCGAAGACAUAUGUGCCCCUGCGGAUGAUGAUCACCAGGCCGUUCUUGCUGGCCACACAGCGGAGCAAAUCGCUAUACGUGGUGCCGUCACGCGAUGACCUGAUACACACGCACACACGCGUGAGCUACUGCGCUGCUAGUUAGAAUGUGUGCUUUGCCGCUUACUUGUAUAUGAUGUUGAACUCCUUGCCGCCCAGCCAGUUGCACAUGGCCACGUACUGACCGAUUGUGAGAGGCGAAUCAGCCCAAACGCACUGGAAUAUCCUCACACAGAGGCAACAAGAUACACAGCCAGUCGCAUAAGCAUGUGCGCAUUGGAGCAGACCUGCGCGCGGAUUUCUUUGCGGAUGGCCUCCUCCAGCUGCACACCGAUGUCGGCCACAACAAGUGCACGUCUUUGUCUUUGUCUGAGUGUGUCUCUGUCCGUUCACCUCCUCUGUGUUCUUCUGUGCGGCUGUUCGGUUGGACUCGAUGAGCGCCUGCUGCUCCUGUAGCUGAACACACACAGCAACAGAGAGAGAGAGAGAGAGGGCAUCCGUAUGUCUCUCUGUGUGCCUUUCGCCCAUCUCCAUCUGACCUGAGUGGCGUGUUGCUCCAAAUCGGUGUCCACGUGUGUGCGCAGCUGCAUGCAGUGAGACGGCAGGAGGGAGCGUAUCUCGCCUGCGCUAAGCGUGUGUAUGUGGGACGUCACUUGCCUGGUCGAUCGAUGUGUCGGUGGCUCCCUUCAGCGCACGCAUCUCUUCGGCCUGCGUGAGACCAUUCAAACACAUAUAUACACACACACACGUAUGCGCCCUCAAGCAUUCAGCUGCGUGGCAUGAGUACCUGUGUAUCGACUUUGGCAUGGAGCGCCUGUAUCUGGGCUGCCUGCGGGCACUCCAGACACACACACACACACACACAGAUAACACGAACGAGCGCGAUGCCCAUUGGAGUGUACCUGUGCGCGCAAUUCCCUGCGGGUGGCCGUGCUCAGCUGCGCACAAGUGUCGGGGCGCCAGAGAAACGAAGACUGCACGUCUUUGCCUUCGUCUGAGUGUGUGCAGUUAGUUUGUCAUGUCACCUCGUCUGUGUUCUUCUGUGCGAUUGUCUGGUUUGAUUCGAUGAUGGACUGCAGCUCCUGUAACUGAACACACACAGCAGAGAGAGAGAGAGAGAGAGAGGGCAUUUGCGUGUAUGUCAGUCCGUGUCUUCCCCAUGUCGAUCUGACCUUAGUAGCGUGUUGCUGCAAAUUGGUGUCCACGUACGUGCUGUUGUCACCGAUCGCCUGCUGCAGCUCUGACGUCUUGGAGAGCAUCUCAGUGCGGGUCGAUUCGAUGAGGACUUUCUGGUCCUGCAGCUGCAUGGACACCGAACACACAAACAUCGCGUCUGUGAAUGUCCUCAGUGUGAAGGCCUGGUCACACCUGGGUGGUCAUCUGCUGCUCCAUCUCCGCUUUGAGUGCCGCCAGUCCAGUGGCCGUGUCCUGACGAAUGGUCGCCAUGGUGGUGUCAACGUAUUCUCGCAGCUGUGCGCAGUGGUCAACAGAAGAAGGCAGGAGUGCGGCAAUGUCAUUACGGAUCGUGCGUCUUACGUUAUCGUUUGACGUCUGGAUGGCCGUCUGGUGGGUCUGGAGCGCCUGUAUCUGGGCAGCCUGCAGCCACAUAAGUGUGAAUGAGCUUGAGGACAUGUAUCCCUCCUCCCACCUGAUAAGCAGAGAAUGCGGCGAGUGCCAACGCCAACAACAAGAAAAGCUGCACAUCCAUAUCGGACACGAGUACACACGACAUCUUUCCUGCUUGACCUGUUUUGGUGUGGAUCUGCCUCUCACCUGCCCACCGUAGCCCGAUGACGCCUUGCUUCUGACCUCCUCAUCGGCAUCCUCUUCGACGUCACCAUUCGUAUCAGCUGCGUGCCCCGCAGCCUCAUCCACAGGUGGCCCAGGGAGGCCAUGGUAGCUGCUCUGUUCGUCCUUGCUGUCGUCAUGGUGCUGCCCCUCCCACUCGCCCGCCUCACAAACGGCAGGGCACUGCUGGCCAGUGCUGACGGGGCUGCUCAAGAACGACAGCUGCAUGGCCGCGUGUGUGUCGUUGUAUGCUUCCGCGACAGGUUGCUCGACCGACGUAUUGUUGGUGAGAGUUGCCAUGGACAGGCAGAUGGCGAAGCCGGUAGUCAUGCACACGAGCCCAACCGAGACGACGAUGGCAGCAAACACGCGCAUGCCGAUGGUCUUGCCCCUGGCGGCCUCUUCUGCUCGGAUGAGCUGGUCUCCCGCCUCCUCGAGGCUCAUGACGCGCAGGGACGGCGGCACCAGGGAGCAAAGGCUGCGAACGAGAGGGAUGCGGCUAGUGGCUUCCAUGGUGCUGGUCUUGCUUGUCCCCUCUGCAGCGAACAACGGACAGCAAGCACAGGGAAACAGGCGGUUGUGUCGGUGUUCCUACUCUCGUGAUUGAAUAAUUCAUCGACUUGCCUGUUUGUUUGGCUCUCGGUAUCCUCUCGUCAACCUCGUCUAUGCUCACACAAGAGAUCUAAAG